AUGUUGGUCUCUUCUUACUCGCAGCAAGACCUCCUUAAAAUACUACAAGAUCCAGUCUUGUAUCAACAGAAGCAUAUGGAAAUUAGAAAUGAUUUAAUCAAACAAAUUAGACAACAAGAUCUUGUCAUAAAUGAUUGCAAUAACGAGUUGGAAGUUUGCAAAACUGCCAACAAGGCUUUUAAACAAGCAUUGUCAGAAAUUGGUACAGUGGUUAUAUCUGUUGCCAUGGGUGAUUUGUCAAAAAAAGUUGAAAUUCAUACUGUUGAAAGUGACCCUGAGAUUUUAAAAGUGAAAAUUACCAUCAACACAAUGAUGGAUCAAUUACAAACUUUUGCCAAUGAAGUCACAAAAGUUGCUACCGAAGUUGCCAAUGGUGAAUUAGGAGGGCAAGCGAAAAAUGAAGGCUCAGUUGGUAUAUGGCGUUCAUUGACCGAUAAUGUAAACAUUAUGGCCCUCAAUUUGACAAAUCAAGUGAGAGAAAUUGCUGAUGUGACGCGAGCUGUCGCAAGAGGAGAUUUAUCCCGGAAAAUCAAUGUUCAUGCCCAAGGGGAAAUAUUGCAGUUGCAAAUGACAAUAAAUACAAUGGUGGACCAAUUGAGAACUUUUGCAUUUGAAGUGUCCAAAGUUGCUCGAGAUGUUGGUGUUUUGGGUAUCUUGGGAGGACAAGCUUUGAUUGAAAACGUUGAAGGUAUUUGGAAAGAAUUGACUGAUAACGUAAAUGCCAUGGCAUUGAAUUUAACGACUCAAGUGAGAAAUAUUGCCAAUGUUACCACUGCUGUUGCCAAAGGUGACUUGUCUAAAAAGGUUACUGCUGAUUGUAAAGGUGAAAUUUUAAAUUUGAAAUUGACAAUCAAUCAGAUGGUGGAUCGAUUGUUGAAAUUCGCUUCGGAAGUGACAACAUUAUCCAGAGAAGUUGGUACUUUGGGUAUAUUGGGAGGACAAGCAAAUGUUCAAGAUGUUGAAGGGGCUUGGAAAGCCGUUACAGAAAAUGUCAAUUUAAUGGCUACAAAUUUAACAAAUCAAGUGAGAUCAAUUGCCACAGUUACUACUGCUGUUGCCCAUGGUGAUUUAUCACAAAAGAUUGAUGUUCAUGCUCAAGGAGAAAUUUUGCAAUUGAAAAAUACCAUCAACAAGAUGGUGGACUCUUUACAAUUGUUUGCUUCUGAAGUGUCAAAAGUUGCACGAGAUGUGGGUAUCAAUGGUAAAUUGGGUAUCCAAGCACAAGUGAGCGAUGUCGAUGGAUUAUGGAAAGAAAUUACAUCCAAUGUCAAUACCAUGGCUUCCAAUUUGACAUCACAAGUGAGAGCAUUUGCCCAAAUUACAGCUGCUGCAACUGAUGGUGAUUUCACUCGAUUCAUUACAGUUGAAGCUUCGGGUGAAAUGGAUGCAUUAAAAACAAAGAUUAAUCAAAUGGUUUUGAACUUGAGAGAAUCGAUUCAAAGAAAUACCGCUGCAAGAGAAGCAGCCGAAUUGGCAAAUAGUGCCAAAUCGGAAUUCUUGGCCAAUAUGUCUCACGAAAUUAGAACUCCAUUGAAUGGUAUUAUCGGUAUGACACAAUUAUCGUUGGAUACCGAAUUGACACAAUAUCAAAGAGAAAUGUUGUCCAUUGUUCACAAUUUGGCAAAUUCGUUAUUGACCAUUAUUGAUGAUAUUUUGGAUAUAUCCAAGAUUGAAGCCAACAGGAUGACGGUUGAGCAAAUUGAUUUUUCAUUAAGAGGUACGGUAUUUGGAGCAUUGAAAACGUUGGCAGUCAAGGCCAUUGAAAAGAAUUUGGAUUUAACGUAUCAAUGCGACUCAUCGUUUCCAGAUAACUUGAUUGGUGAUUCAUUUAGAUUGAGACAGGUGAUUUUAAAUCUUGCUGGUAAUGCCAUUAAAUUUACCAAGGAAGGUAAAGUUAGUGUUAGUGUGAAGAAGUCAGACAAGACUGUUCCCGACUCGGAUAAGCUUUUGUUGGAAGUUUGUGUUUCUGAUACAGGAAUUGGUAUUGAAAAGGAUAAAUUGGGCUUGAUUUUCGAUACCUUUUGUCAAGCUGAUGGAUCAACUACUAGGAAAUUUGGAGGUACCGGGUUGGGAUUGUCCAUCUCCAAGCAAUUGAUUCAUUUGAUGGGAGGUGAAAUAUGGGUCACUUCGGAAUACGGAUCAGGCUCAAAUUUCUAUUUUACUGUUUCAGUAUCGCCAUCGAAUAUUAGGUACACUAGACAAACCGAGCAAUUGUUGCCAUUUAGUAAUCAUUAUGUGUUAUUUGUUUCUACUGAACAUAGUCAUGAAGAAUUGGCUGAGAUUGAACAUGCCAUUAUUGAAUUGGGAUUGAAUCCAAUAAUCGUCAACAAUAUAGAGGAUGCCAAUUUAUCAGAGCCAAUAAGGUACGAUAUCAUUAUGAUUGAUUCUAUCGAUACGGCAAAGAAGCUACGCUUGUUGUCGGAAGUUAAAUAUAUCCCCUUGGUUUUGGUCCAUCACUCCAUUCCUGAAUUAAACAUGCGUGUUUGUAUCGACUUGGGAAUUUCAUCUUAUGGAAACACUCCAUGCUCAAUGACGGAUUUAGCGAGCGCAUUAAUUCCAGCGUUGGAGUCUCGUUCAAUCUCGCAAAAUACCGAUGAAUCAGUGAAAUACAAUAUCUUACUUGCUGAGGAUAACUUGGUGAAUCAGAAAUUGGCAGUACGUAUAUUGGAGAAGCAUGGCCAUCACGUUGAAGUUGUUGAAAAUGGUUUGGAAGCAUUUGAAGCUAUACAAAAGAAUAAAUAUGAUGUUGUUUUGAUGGAUGUACAGAUGCCAGUUAUGGGAGGAUUUGAAUCGGUGGAAAAGAUUAGACAAUGGGAAAAAAAAUCAAACCCAAUUGAUUCAUUAACUUUUAGAACGCCAAUUAUUGCAUUAACUGCUCACGCCAUGUUGGGAGAUCGUGAGAAAUCAUUGGCUAAAGGAAUGGAUGAUUAUGUGUCAAAACCAUUGAAACCAAAAUUGUUGAUGCAAACGAUUAACAAGUGUAUUCACAAUAUUAAUCAAUUGAAGGAGUUGUCGAAGCAAAAUAACAAUACCGAUUUUGCCAAAAAGUUGAAAAAGGGAGUCAUUCAAUCUUCAACAACCAACGGUGGUGGUGGUGCUUCUAAUGGUGGACGAUCCAGAACAGAUUCUACUACGUCGGUAUCGCCCCACCCUUCAAAUGCUAGUUCACCAUCGAGAUCAUCUCCAGGAGGUUGUGGUGGUGGAAGUGCAUAUCAACAGUACCAACAGCAGCAACAUCUUCAACAUCAUCAACACCCACCAGCAUUCAACCAAUCUAGAUCAUCUCCCGCAUUGAAUGUAACAUCAAGUGGAUCACCAAAGGAUGCUCAAUUCAGGGCAGACAACAACAAUCACAACAACUCAACCAACAACAACUACAGUGACUACUCUCAUGGCAACGGAGCAAGAGGCAGUGGAGCUUCAGAGAAUGGAUUAUUCGCCACGUUGGCUGCCAGUUUGCGACCAGGACAAUUAAACUCAAACAAUCGAUCCGUUACUGAAAGUGUCUUGACUUUUACAUCAAGCAAGAUUACUGAAUUGGGAGAUGGAGACGUGGAUGUGGAUGUGGAUGUGGAUAUCGAUGGAGAGAAGGAAGGUGGUGGAAUGGCUACCGGUGUUGCUACUGCCGCUGCUUCCUCUUCCAAUGAUCACGUAGAUGACGCUAUGGAUAUCGAUGUGACGAAAAACUAA